UCUUGUUCUAAAGCAUGAUGCAGCGUUCUUUUACGUCCAGGAAGAAUGACACAAGAAGUUCAACCCUGAUGAAGGCAGAGCUGAAAGAAUUGGAUUGCUCACUCAGCAGCGACGUUUCUAAUAUUAGAGAUGAAAUUGAAAAAGCUAGUUUACGGUUCACCGAGGCGCAGAAAAGGUUUACCCUGGCCGAGAAGGAAUUCAAUACGGCUCUUGCAGAAUUGGUCAAAGAAAAGGAAAAGAAGACUGUUUUGGCGGAUCAUCUUAAAGAUCUAAUUGAACGGAAUGAAAUGAAAAAAGCGCAAAAGUUGUCUGAACUGAUGGGAAAGUUCGAAAUCUCAUCACGGCCAACGGGUUUUUCUCUACCAAAGGCAUAUUCAUAUUUUGUUUAUCACUUUAAUUCAAUUAUGCUAUCGUAAUGAACAUUAUUUCUACCCUAGGAAGAUGAAAACGGAUCCAAAUCAAACUCAGACUGAAAUUAACUCUAAGGAAAAUAUAACUUUAAAAAAUUAUUAACAAUUGUAAGUUCUACUUUUUUUCUGUAGUGAUGAAUAUCGUUAUACAUCACAUAAAUGAAAAGGGCAAAUUCAAGAGAAAAGAAUACAUAAAAAUAAAAACACUUUUAAUAUAUACAUUUCAAAAAAAUUUAA